AUGGGUAUUUUGGAGAAAAUUGCUCAGAUUCAAGAAGAAUUAUCAAGAACUCAAAAGAAUAAAGCAACAGAAUAUCAUAUUGGUCUUUUGAAAGGGAAAUUAGCCCGUUAUCGUCGAGAAUUAUUAGAACCUCAACCAGGUCAAGGUUCUUCGGGUGGAGGUCAAGGUUUUGAAGUGGCCAAAGCUGGGGAUGCAAGAGUUUCAUUGAUUGGGUUUCCAUCUGUUGGUAAAUCCUCAUUCUUAUCCAAAGUCACUAAUACCAAAUCAGAAGCAGCGAACUAUGAGUUCACAACUUUAACUUCAGUUGGUGGUAUUUUAGAAUAUAAUGGGGCAGAAGUUCAAAUUGUUGAUUUACCGGGGAUUAUUAAAGCAGCUUCUCAGGGUAAAGGUAGAGGUAGACAAGUUAUUGCAGUUUCUAGAACUUCAGAUUUAAUUUUAAUGGUUUUAGAUGCAACUAAAGGUGGGGAUCAAAGAGAAAUCUUGGAAAAUGAAUUGGAAUCAAUGGGUAUUAGAUUAAAUAAAGAACGUCCCAACAUUUCCAUUAGAAUUAAGAAAACCGGUGGUGUUAAAAUGAAUUCAAUUACUCCUCCAAAACAUUUGGAUGAAAAGAUUGUUGCAGCAUUGUUGAAAGAUUAUAAAAUUCAUAAUGCCGAUGUAUUGAUAAGAGAUGAAAAUGUAACUAUUGAUGAUUUCAUUGAUGUUAUCAAUGAACAACAUAUAUCCUAUAUUAAAUGUUUAUAUGUCUACAACAAGAUUGAUGCUGUUUCCUUGGAAGAAUGUGAUAGAUUGGCCAGAGAACCAAAUACCGUGGUGAUGUCAUGUGAAUUGAAUUUGGGUAUUGAAGAUUUAAAAGAAGAAAUAUGGCGUCAGUUGGAUUUAUUAAGAUUAUAUACUAAAAGAAGAGGAGUUCAGCCAAAAUUAGAUGACCCAAUGGUUGUUAGAAACAAUAGCACCAUUUUGGAAGUUUGUGACUCCAUUCAUAGAGACAUGAAAAAUCAAUUCAAAUAUGCGUUGGUCUGGGGUUCAAGUGCUAAACAUUCACCACAGAAGUGUGGGUUGAGUCAUCCUGUUCAUGAUGAAGAUGUGGUUCAAAUUGUUACAAAAUAG